UUGGAGCACACUAUCAUGGACCCUUUACCCAGCAGCCCUUAUGUUGGCCCCCCAUCCUCCAGCCAGGUGCAGGGGAAACUGAGGAGACUCCACUUUAACAAGAUGGCUCCUACUUUGACUUUGUUUCUACUCUUCCCAAUAAUUGCAUGCGCAACUGUUACAUCGAAGAAAGUAUGUGGCCGUCCUCCUGUCACCGACGGGGUUGAUGAGGCGACGCUAAAGCGUGUGUAUGAGGCAGGAGAAGAGGUGGCCCUCACAUGUGAACAGGGGUACUCGCCCUCAACGCCGACCACUCGACGGAUCACCUGCACGGCCACAGGAGAGUGGACACAGUCGGAUCUGGCAUGUUCCCCUAAGAUGUGUCCAAUCCCCGGACCUCUGCAGCCUUUAGCGAGGGGGCGAACAGAAGCUCCAUUCAAGAGUGUGCUGAACUACACGUGUGACGAUGGGUACGUCAUGCAAGGAGCCAAUGAGAGCAGGUGUUUACAUGAUGGCUCCUGGAGCAAUCCCCCCCCACUCUGCAAAGCUGUGAACUGUCCUCUGCCCACGCCACCUAGAGAUGGGAGAAUCGUCCAUGAUAAGCCAGUUACUGGAACCAGCACCAUGUAUGGACAAGGCUGGACGUAUGAGUGUAACCCACCUAAAGCACCCAGUCAUGAGAGGGGAUCCUGCAGGGCUGAUGGAAGGGCAACUGAACCUCCAGUGUGCCGAGAGGUGAGCUGCUCCAUUCCAGCAGGUAUACCAAAUGGCUUCAUCACCUUUGCUGUGAUGAGACAACAUGGCUACAAGGAGAAGGUUAAAUAUGGCUGCAAUGAGCACUACGUUCUGGACGGUGAGGCCGAGGUCCAGUGCCAAAACACAGGAACCUGGUCUGUCAGGCCAGUGUGCAGAGCUCCCUGCAAAGUUGGCAUCAAAAGAGGCAGAAUCUUCUACAACGCCAAGAAGCUCUGGAUCUCAGACCUGAAGCCCAACAGAGUCCUGCACAGAGAACCCGUCGUCUUCUACUGUCUGAACAGAGCCGAGAGGUGCGGCUACCCUGUGGCCAGCACCUGUGAUGAUGGAACCCUGCCCAUCCCAGAAUGCUUUGUGGAACCGGGCAAGGUGGAGUACACGUUAAGGGCCAGUUCUCUCCCAUCUGAAAUCACAAUGUGUGCUGCUUCGCCCCCUGCAAGCACCACAAGCCCUGCCGGCCCGGCAAGACCUGCGUAACAUCUGACCUGAGACCCGGGAUGUAAUUUACUGGAUCUUGGUUUUCAUCAUAAUCCAAUGUUUUUAAUUGUGAAUUAAAGCAUUAAAAAAAUCUA